UAGACUCUUUGAGUUACCCAUCAAACAAAUAGGUCUUUUACGUUUCAACUUCCAACGACCAUUCUAUCCAUAUUCCAUAUAAAUCAAUUCACCUCGAAACAAUCGAAAUCCCCUGCAAAAUACUCCGUACAUAGCCAGGUAAAAAAGAAACAGAGGAGAGAGAGAGAGAGAGAGAGAGAGAGAGAGAGAGAGGGAGGGGUAACACACGAUGUGGCCGCCACUGAUGGGUAAAGGAGGAAUGGGCGGAGCUGCAGGCGGUGGAAGAGCCGGCGGCGGUGGCGGAGGGAUGUUGAGGUCAGUUCGAAGGUCAGUCAGGGGAAGUGUCAAAGACCCAUUUUCUCACUCCUCCUCCACCGCUUCUACCACCAGUACACACACUUACAAAAGGGGGAAAAACCCAUCAGACGUACUCUCUCUCUCCUCUUCAACCAGUUCCUCCCCAUCUGGCCAUCCAGUUUAUGCCCCAUCUGACAGUGAAGGGUUUGAGUGGGAAUGCGUGGAUGGAAGUGAAUACGAAAGGGGUUUUGAUUUUGGGUCGGUUCCAUCAAAGGAUGAAGUCCAGUUUACUGUCUCUUCUCUGCUGCAGGCCCUUAACCCAGCCUCCUCCUCUAAGUCCAUCGAGGAUAGACUUGCUUAUGAUUUGGACAAGGAUGUCCCUGAUGAAACCACAAGCCCGACUGUGAUGGGCAAGAGAGUUUCUUCAGUUGGAAGUCUCGGGACAGAGUUAGAUUGGAUUGAGCCCUCGCUACAACUAUGUAAUCCAACGAUGUUAUGGCCAUAUGGAUCCAACACAGUCUAUGAUGCUUUCCAUCUAUUACAGACUGAGCCUUGCGUUCAGAGGAUGGUCGCUUCAUUAUCAUCUGAUAAAGCUGUUUGGGAUGCUGUCUUGAACAAUGAGGUGGUACAGGAGCUCAGAAAGUCCCUUGGUCAAGCUGAAGAUAGUGGUAGUGAGAACCGAGACGACGGCUCUCAUGGCUCUGAUGCAGCAACAAACAUACUGACUUGGAUAUUCGAUAAUACUAAGGCGAAGGUGACGGAACUGAUUGAGAAAAUUACAAACCUAGUGAGUGUGUUGUUUCAACCACCGGAGGUCGAGCAGGCAACAGAAGACACAAAUGCAUUCAACAGAAUGGUGCGAGCUUCGAUCUUCCUCUCUAUUGUGGUCCUGUUCAUUGUGGUUAGUGAGCGAUCUUGCAAGUGAUGCUUGAUCUCAAUUUGACGACAUGACGAUGGUUAUUAUCCUUCAGUUUUAACUUCCAUUUACUGCGACAGACAUCAGUUGGAACUAGGGAUUUGGCAGGUUUUGUGUGUGACAGAUAUCAGUUGGAACUAGGGAUUUGGCAGGUUUUGUGUGUAACAUAUGCCUGACGUAUUUGUUAAUAAACAUCGAUGCAAACUAAGGAUUGGGCAGGUUGUGUUUUUAUGGUUUGUGGAAUGCAUAAAUGGAAGUCAGCUUGGGUUUGGUAAUUGCUUGGUGGACAAGUUUUUGA